AAUGGGUAAUUGUGUGACAAACAGAACAAAAAUAUAAACUAAUCUUGAGAAACCUUAGAAGUUGUAUAUUCAUUAAGCAUUCAUGAGAUAAACACUUACAAAUCCAGAGUAUAGUUUAUUAUGAAAAUUGUUAGAUCUCGUAAAUAACUAUUGUUAUUUGAAGACAAUUUCAUUGAGAUGUUUGAUGAAAGUCUUAUUUUUGGAUAAAGCAUGUAUUGGUUUUUGUUAGGUCUGCAAAAUAAUGAAUAGAAGGGAAUUGAAUAUGAAACAAUGCUCUAAAUAUCAGAGGUAUUUGUUUUGGGUAAAUCAGAAAAUGAAAUAUUAAGAUUACCAAAUAGAGUUUCGUUAAUUGUAUUAAUAGUUUCAUUGUUUGGUAAUUUGAAUAUUAAGGAUGCUAUAAAAUAAUUUGCAUCUUUAGAAAUUACUUAUUUAUAGACAACAAAAUGUAUGCAAGUGUUUAUUAAUAUGAUGUUAAGAAAAUAGAAUCUUAAUGAAUAACCUAUAAAAGCAUUUAUAGAUUCAAUUUUCUAAAAAGUUAAUGGUAAUGUUUCAAUUUUGUAGUUAAUUAAAUUCUUUGAUAAUUACAUGUCAUAAUUAGAAGAGAUUGUUGAAGAUUAUUAUUACAAUAAAUUUCUAGGAGAAUAAAAAUUAUUUCGUAAUCCUUAAUUAUAACAUCCAUCUCAUAUAUUAAAUUAAGAAUGGAUAGCAUUUAUGUAUUUGAGUUUCCUGAAUAAAGAUAGUAAUAAAUUAGAAUUACUAUAUUCUACUAAUGUUCAUGAACGAAACUUUGAAUUAUUAUCUCAUCUACUUAUAGAAUGUUAAACAAGUGUAUUAUUCUUAAUUUAAUGUGAAGAAGGAAAUCGUAAAUAUAUUUUUGGAGCAUACACAAAUUUUGAAUGGAAAGAUGAUGCUCAACCUAAUGGUAGUAAAGAAGAUUGUAUAUUUUAAAUGUUACCCUAAUUUAAAGUUUACAAAACUAAAAAUGAUAAAUUUACUAGAUCAUAAUGUACUUACUUAAAUUCAAAACAUUCUGAAUUAAAAUAAGGAAUUGGAUUUGGUGGAGAAUUAGCUAAAGAAUUUAGAGUCUUUCUAAAUUAAGAUCUACUUAAUGUAUCAUGUAAAAAUCAUGAUAAAACUUAUGAACCUGGAGAAUUGAUGCCUCUAAAAUAAGCUAAGGUAUCUAUUCUAGAAGUUUGGACUAUUUAAUAGAUAUAAGGUACUACCUAAUUUAAAGAUUUAAUAUAUUAAAAAAUAGAUGAAUAAAUUGAAUUUGAAGAAUUCGAAAAUCCAUUAGUUCAUUUAGAUGAAGAUAUCAGUUCAUAUAGAUCUGGUGAUCAUCCAUCACUUAAUGAUUCUAUUCAUUAAUUAAAGGAGAAAGAUUCAUGUGAUUGGGAAGGAGAAAGUUAAAGUGGAUUUGAAGAAGAAAUAAUUAUUAGAGGGGAUGGAUUUGAAGAAGUUAAGAAAAAUGAAUAAGGAUUCGAAGUUAUUCCUUUAAAUGAAGCAAGUGUAUAUAAAUUUAAGUAUAUUUAAUUUAGAUCAAUAAAAAAAGUACAAAGGUGUAAAAUUUAGAAAAGUUACCUUAACCACCAUAACAUGAAGAUAAUUAAUUUGAAGAAGUUUUGAUCAAAACAUCUGAAUCUAUGGAUUCUUCUGCACUUCAAAUGGUUUAUAAUGUUGUUUCAGGAACAUUUGGUUAAGCUGAAUCUGAUGAUAAGUAUAUUUAUUAUUAAUCAUAAGUUGGAAUGGUGAUAACUCAGAUUGGAAAGGUAAUGGAUCAGCUACAGGUAAACCUAAUAGAGUUCAAUUAAGUAAAGAUUUAGCUACAAUUACUGAAGAUCUAAAGGAAUCCACAAAUACAUAAUAUUGA